CUCCUACAUACUAUGGCCUCACAUGUAUGGUUGUCGAAGGCGUGUUUUAACAUCUACAUACGGGACGCCCUGGUGACGGGAUUCGCCGAGAGAAAAGAAGGGAAGAAGAGACAUUAUGACUUCGCCGUGGAGGUUCUCUGGUCAGACGGCAGGAAGACCUACGUCAAAAGGACGUACAAGGACUUCCUGUUACUCCGGGAGGGACUGGCCAGGUAUGGCAAGGGCUCAGGCAGCCAGGCUAAGCGAUGGAGUGAUGAGAACAUUCCUAAACUAGAAGCUCCCAAGUUAUUCACGCCGUCUGGGAUUGAACAGGCCGAGCAGCAAGAGUUCGAGCUGAACCGCUUCCUCCAGACUCUCGCUAAGACCAGAGGCGAGCUGAUGUACUCAAGAGAUGUCGUGGAAUUUUUUGAGGCCAGACCACGUGAUCCUCAGCCAUAUCACAGGCGUAGUGAUAUUGACGAACUAUCUGAAGUUGACAGCGUAGCUGUCGAGGAUGAGGUCGUCUUUGACGCCGGCAAAUGGCAAAGCUCGCAACCGGAAAAUGUAUCUCUUUUGAAAGCCUUACCCCCACAAUGAAACUUUGUAGAUAGUUCUCGAAGUAAAGUGGGUGGAAAAAAGACAAUAGCUGUGAUGUACAAAAGUUGAAGGAGAGACUUGUGUGCUUUAAUACCCAGGGAUUGCACUGGACUACGAAAAUACUCACACUGAACAAUGUCAUAUGGGCGGUGUUUAUUUUGAUAAAAUGCGAAUGACUGUGUGUGCCUCUAUGUACGUA